UCUGGGCGUUUUCGUGCAAGGCUUUCCAGAAACCUGAAACGUGCCGCUGGACAGAUUACCAGAACGCUCCGUGGGAAAGAAUCGACUUCAAAUGUAGAGACAAUGAAGUGAUUGCAGGAGCCAUGAGUGAAUUCGCAACUGUGAGCUUCUUGGCAGACAGGAAAUGGAAGUUUUACUGCUGCAGUGUUCCAGGUUUCACCAUGUCCAACUGCCAAACAACACCGUAUGUCAACUACUGGCGGGAAACCUUCACCUGGACAGUCGCCAGCAACAACUUCCUAACAGGAGUGAAAGCUUCCUUUAAUAUUGAAUCACGGGACCGUCGUUGGAGUUUCACAUACUGCCACAGGCAGUGAAGUCACCAUGAAGGAGAAGAUGCCUGACGAGACUUUUUGCUGUGCCACAAUAACGCAGCAAACUGAUUGCUGUCACAUCUUGCCUGUCUGAAGGCGUCCCUGAUGAAAUCCCUCAUGACCCCAAAGGUCAUUGACAGAAUCUCAGUUUAGCAUGUUAUGUGUAACAAGAUGUAUGAUGUCAUAGGAGGCACAAGGGAUAUUGUUUAUAGUGAUUUAAUUGGACGAUACGGGGAAAAAAAUGCUCAAAGAAUGCUUUCGAUGUCCAUCUGCCGCCUGCAGGUCUGACUCUGAGAUUUAAGAGACUCAUUGCACUUUAUUAUUUCAGUAAGUUUGCAGCUAUCACUCGUGGGGAAACACCAUCCUGCAUUUAUAAAGAUCAGAAGUGCUGAUGUCAGAUCAUUAAGAAAGUGCCCCCGGCCAUCUUCUUUCAUAAUGACCUGAACACAGAAACUGGUCUCAGAGCUGCACUCCUGCUGCACUCGUCAAAGAAGACAAACCCACAGUGUGCUCACACUGUGUUGGUGCAAAGGCUCAGUGAUUUCUUGGGAGAUGUCCUUCGCUCUCACACACUGUCUCAUGUUGGAGGGGCUGUGUGUGUGUUGACCAGAACUGGCAGGGCACAUGUGUCGUGUUUUAUUUCUUCUGUAAAGUCACUUUCCUGAUGUUUUAUUAGAUUUGUAACAUGAAGGAUUUGAUGAAUGUAGAUGAGAUCAAGAAGUAAUUCUCUGUCGGGUGAAAUAUGCUUCUCUGAUGAAAUGUGAACCAAACAUGACUUGAAUACUUUGAUGUGUGUGUAUAUGUGUAAAUGUACAACAUUACCCUGUAGAUUUUAAUUCUGAUUAGUGUAUUGAAAUGUAUAAACGUAGAUAUUACGACAUGGACAAAGGGCUGUACUGUUUUAUUAUA